AUGUCGAUUAAAAAAGAAAAUAACAUUGUCUGGAUUGAUCUUGAACUUACAGGUCUUGAUCUAGAGAAAAAUACAAUUGUAGAAAUUUCUGUCUUUGUCACUGAUUCAGAAUUAAAUAUUUUAGAUGAGGGUGUUUCUUAUGUAAUCAAACAUGAUAAAUUAACAUUAGAUAGUAUGAAUGAAUGGUGUAAGAAAACAUUUCAAGAAAAUGGACUUUUAAAUGAUUUAAGUAAAGCAGAAUUGAAUAUAUCUGAGACAGAAACUUUAGUUCUAAAUUAUUUAAAAAAACAUUGUGUUUUUAAAAAAAAUCCAAUUGCUGGAAAUAGUAUUUAUAUGGAUCGAAUGUUUAUCAUAAAAUAUAUGCCAAAAUUAAGUGAAUUUUUACAUUACAGAAUUAUUGAUGUUAGUUCAAUUAAAGAAUUAAUCCACCGUUGGUAUGGAAAAACAUUUGAAAAGAAAAUUUGUAAUCAUCGUUCACGUUCAGAUAUUCUUGAAUCAAUUGAAGAAUUAAAAUGGUACAGAAAUCACUUCUUUAUUCCUAUUUAA